CUCUAAUUCUGUACAGCAGAGAAAAAGCACGGGAGAAUUAGAAGGGAGGACGUGACUGAACAAGAAGGGUAAACAGAGAGGAUUUUAUGGGAAGCAUGGAGGAAACACACAUACAAAGCAUUGCUACCCACUGAAGGACAGCCAGAGUCUUGCUGAACAUCAUGGCUCAGGCGGAAGGGCGAAAAGACAAUAUGGUGUCCUACAAUCAGAAUAGGCGUCGGCCAUUGUCUUGCGGGGAGCUGGAGGGUCUGUCAUGGUGCGGCCUUCGGACCGUUGACCUCCAUAAGAACUUGCAGGGAUUCGGCUUCACUCUGCGCCACUUCUUGGUCUACCCACCAGAGUCCUCUUUCCAAAACAUCAAGGAUGAAGUCAAUGGAAAUGCAGGGAAAAAAUGUGGUCAGCAGUUUUGUUUGGAACCAAUGGACACCGUUUUUGUAAAGAGUGUAAAAGAAAAUGGACCUGCUUGCCGAGCUGGGCUGUGCACAGGUGACAGACUGGUAAAAGUGAACGGGGAGAACAUUCUAGGUAAAACCUACUCUCAGGUGAUUGCAUUAAUUAAAAACAGUGAAACAAGGUUGGAGCUCUCUGUUAUACAAAAAGAUGAGGAUGUACUGCAAUUGGUAAGUGUGCACUCCCAGGAUGCGUACUUGAAAGGAAAUGAGUCAUAUUCAGACGAGGCCAAGGACCUUCCGGAACCCCUUUUUCACUAUUGUUUUUCUACAAAUCCCAAGUCCAAUCCUUCACAGCCAAGACACAAGCUCAGUAGUCCACUGGACAACUGUGAGUACAGACCUGGUCCAACUACUUCACCAAUGGACAAGCACCUUUCUAUUGCGUCUCCUGAGGAUGCCUGCAGCAACGUUUUCACGUCAGCGAGGCCCCUUGGCCAUGCUUCUUUAGCCAUCAGUGCACUAGACUUUCACAUUGCCAACCACUAUGCUGCAAUCACAUCAGCAACUUUUCCCCCACCACGGAAGAGCAGCCUGCCAGCCCCUGGUGACGUUCAUACUGAUUCUUUCUGCCACCAAGGUCUUUCAGAAUUCCAGGCUGAGGUGUAUGAGCACCUGUCACCCCGCAAGUGGAGUACAUACCAGGAUUGUUUAGCAGAACAGGAUUUGGGCGCCAGACCUCCAUCUGCCUCUGCACAAAGAAAUCUGAGAGAGAGCCUGUUGUGUCAUCAUCAAGCUGAUGCAGUUUCCAAUCGUUCCUAUUGGCUGGGAGACUGGGGGGAUUUAAGACCAGGAAGGACAUCAUGCUCAGAGAGUUUGCUGUCAGCUUAUGCAGAGUAUGAGCAUAACUAUGGCCGUUCUAUAGAAACCUUAGCAAAAGCCUCUGCAGUUAUAACAUCAUCCCCAGAUCACUCUUUAGAAAGUUCUCAUGUAACAAGAAUCUGCGAACGACUUGAGCACCAAAGUCCAGAAACCUUUCUGUCCUGCACAGUAUCUCCUUGUGGUAAGCGAGCUGGUCAGCAGGAAGCUGAACCCCAAACAAGGGGAAUAAGGAAUGAGGUAGUGGUCCACAAAAAUGGCCGUCUCCUCCAGCCAGUCCUGGCUCUAAGAGAGCCCUACAACAUGGACCCGCACUCAAGCCUCAGCCCCGAAACUAGAAGCAAUGCGUCUGCGAAUAAAGUGGUGAUGCGACCCAAGUCCACUCCCAACCGACCUGUAUCAGAGGGCAGAGCUCAAACGGGUCAUGACAGGCAUGUAAUCUCCAUGAUCAGUCUAAAUCAAGAUGUCCUGAAGAAUGAUAAAAACCCUGCUACAACUUUAAAUCCAAGGUCACUUGAGUCCCCCUCUCCUGUAUAUGUUGGUCCGUGUGCCAGUCGCAGGGCUAAAGGAAGCCUGGCCCAGCAGGCAUAUGACUCCCUGUCGUCCAUUCCCUUCCUAGGUAGUAUUAAAGGACGCCGCUCUUCAUAUUUGCUGGCCAUUACGACGGAGAGGUCCAAGUCCUGUGAUGAAGGUCUGAACACCAUUAGGGAAGAAGGACAUGUUUUCUCAAAACUACCAAAAAGAGUCAAGAGCUUUUUCAUCAAUGAGUCUCUUGAGAGCUUGAAAGCACAGGAGGAAGCCCAAAGGUCCAAACAUUACUCCACUUCUGAACUGGGGACAAUCAAUUUCAGCAACAUCCGCAAGGAAGGCUGGCUACACUACAAACAGAUUCUCACAGAAAAGGGCAAGAAGGUCGGUGGUGGUAUACGUCCUUGGAAGCACGUCUUUUCCGUGCUGCGUCCACAUUGGGUCCUCCUGUACAAAGACAAAAGAGAGGCUGUCCUUCACGGGGAAGGUGCCGGUCCAGGUCUGGACGAAUACCCCCCGAUCAGCAUUUGUGGCUGCCUGAUCGACAUUGCUUACAGCGAAACAAAGCGGAAGCACACUCUGAGACUGACCACCCAGAACUUCUGCGAGUAUCUGCUCCAAGCGGAGAGCAGGGAUGAUAUGUUGGCGUGGAUCAAGCUCAUCAGGGAGAACAGCAAAAUGGACAAUGAGGAUGUUGGUUCAUCAAGACAGGCUCUGAUCAACAAAAAGCUGAAUGACUACAGGAAACACAGUUUUUCAGGCAACCAACCGGAUUCUUCUCCUGGAAGUCAUCGUGGGAUUCCUCCCUUCCUUUUGGCUAAGACUGAAAACACCGCAGUGAAUCCAUCGUCCAAAACUGAUGACAACAAGGCACCGUGGGGCAUCAGUAUCAUGAAGAAGUCCAAAAAGACCAGCAGUCCAAAGGCUUUUGGUGUGCGCCUUGAGGACUGCCAGCCUGCUGUCAAUCACAAAUUUGUCCCGCAGGUUGUGGAGAUGUGUUGUGGCGUGGUGGAAGCAACUGGUCUGGAUUCCACUGGUAUCUACCGGGUGCCAGGGAACAAUGCCAUGGUGUCUAACCUGCAGGAUCAUCUGAAUAAAGGUUUUGAUAUCAACACCGCUAAAGAGAGAUGGCAGGACUUGAAUGUCAUCAGCAGCCUGCUGAAGUCUUUUUUCCGAAAACUUCCCCAACCUUUGUUUACUGACGAGAAAUAUCAAUCCUUCAUUGAUGCCAACAGGAUAGAAGACACAAGGGACCGGCUAAAGACCAUGAAAAAACUGAUUCAUGACCUGCCAGAUUAUCAUCGCCACACCCUCAAGUUCCUAGUGGCUCACUUAAAAAAAGUGGCAGAUCACUCGGAAAAGAAUAAGAUGGAACCAAGAAACCUGGCUCUGGUGUUUGGUCCGACUCUGGUGAGGACAUCAGAAGACAACAUGACGGAUAUGGUCACCCACAUGCCUGACCGCUACAAAAUAGUCGAGACAUUAAUCCUACACUACGGGUGGUUCUUCCCUGAAGAAGAGCGAGAGGAGCAGGGAAAACCUCCAGAUGAUAAGUGGGACAUGCAACCUGUGCCAAAGAUUGACCAUCUGUUGUGCAACAUUGGCAGGCAGGGUAUGCCAGGAGAAGCAUCAGUGGAUCCUCUACUUCGACUUCGACACCAGCGAUUCAGUUAGAUUGAAGCUUUCUUUGACCUCUGUGAGCAACCUCAAUGCCAGCAACAUCCUGCCUAAGUCCACCAUCUCGACUGUUACCCGCAAACGAAGAAAAUGCCCAGCUACCCUCUUCUCUGAGAGCGGUUCAGCUGAGGAUUGUGACCAUCAAAGGAGGAGGGAGUGGAAAAGAAGAUAGAGAUGUUCCAAUAUUGUGUCCAAUAUUCCACAGAAAAACAUGUGGGUGUCAGUUACAAAAACAAAGACUGUAUACAAAAACCAGACAGAACGGCUUACUCUCCAAAAUAAUCGUCCAAUAAUUCCGCAUCCUUAGACCUAUACCUUUUUGCAUUAAUCUUCACAAUUUCACAGGGGGAACGAGCUGCAGUUUCUCUGAGGAUCAUUCCAAAAAAGUUUACUGACCCAUGCCAGGUUUUUAAUUAUUAUAGCAGACUCCGGCAACUCACCAGCAAACCACGCCACUUUGCAAAAAGUGUAAACUAAAUCAUUGUCAAUUAAUUUGGAGCUUAAAGGCCUACUGAAAUGAUUUUUUUUUUUUAAACGGGGAUAGCAGAUCCAUUCUAUGUGUCAUACUUGAUCAUUUCGCGAUAUUGCCAUAUUUUUGCUGAAAGGAUUUAGUAGAGAACAUCGACGAUAAAGUUCGCAACUUCCGGUCGCUGAUAAAAAAAGCCUUGCCUGUACCGGAAGUAGC